CGCGUGACGUUUAGCCUCUUCCGGGUCCAAGCGCUCAGCACGUCCAGAUCAAUAACAAUGGCGGAACCUGUAAAUUUAUUUACGAUCACGUCCUUCUUUAGUGAGGUACCCUUGGCGGUCAAAAAGGGUUUAAACUCCUUUAACUCAAACAGAGUGGUUAGUGUAGCGCAUCAUUCAGGUGGCAUAAUUAAGGGUAGAGUCCAGGCAUCAAUGAAAAAGAAGGUUUACGAGGUUGAGGUGAGUUAGCUGUAAGCUAGCUAGCUAGUUGACGUAAGGUGAUAUUCCAUGUUCUGGAUGAGGUAUUUCAAAAGAAAAAAAUGUACAGGACUGCUAUAACUGUGGAUGUAACUAAACGAGGAUUAAAAAGUAAAUAUGUGACAGUCAGGUUUUAGGGAACUUUUAGGCUAGUCAAUGUAGUAGUAUGAUCUGAUAGCCCCGGGCUAGCUACAGAAGUAUUGUUAUGGUAACAGCGCUGACAGCAAUGUGUUUUAGAAGUGUUAGGGUGAGGGUUAAAUUGUUUUCAAUACAGGUGCACGUUGAGGGCCAGGCAGUCAGGUACAGCACAUGCGAGUGCCCAAUCGGCAGAGACAAGUGCCAUCAUAUGGCAGCUUUGUUGAUUUGGGUUGAGAAAAAUGUGUCCCGCACCGACGUGGAAUGUGUGUGGAAGAAGGCCAACGCUCCGAAGGGGGACGACAUUGCAACCAAGAGAGUGUCAGAGAUGACACCAUCCACAACACGAGCUGGCAUCAAAAGACCUGUCACCCAGGAGGACAAAGAAUGGGCUCAGGCAUCCUUGUUACAGCUUGGGCGUUUUACAGGGAUGGGGUGGAUUUUGAGUCCAGAGACACCUCAGACUCUCCCAAUCAAGAUGUUUGAUGGGCUGGUGACCAGCCCAGGUUUUGUCCAAGCUGAGGACAAGGCUCUAUAUGUGCUGUCAAUGCUUGCUGUCAAUGAUCAGGAGAAGCAGCAGAUUGAGGAAGCAACUGUUGGCCAGGCUAAGAACUCAUUAUGGUUUACAUAUCGCAAGAAAAGGAUAACAGCAAGUAACUUUGGUUUGGUCUUGGCAGCAGUCAAGCGGAAGUCUUACCCGCCUUCCUUAUUCAAAACCCUGCUUGGCCAGUACAACCUCAAAGAAGGAUCUAAAGUAAGCUGUAGUUAAUAAGUGAAUAUUUAAAAUGAAGGCAUCUGUGUCUAAGAAUACACUUAUUAAGACUCAGUGGUAUUUGUCCCCUACCCCCAAGGCAUGUGAUUGGGGAAUCCUGCAUGAGCCAAGGGCAAAGCAGGAAUACACUGAGCGCACUGGUGUUGUUAUACAAGAGAGGGGACUGUUCCUGUCUGAUAGUGGCCUGCUUGGUGGAUCUCCUGAUGGCACGGUGUUUGGAAACUGCGUGAUUGAAGUCAAGUGUCCGUGGUCAGCCAGAACCAAGACUAUCCUGCAGGCAGCGGAGAGUAGGGA